AUGGUGGAGGAGAUGGAGGUACUCUAUAAGAGUCAGGUGAGGGGGUUAAUGGAGCUCCCAGAGAGGGAGAUAGGUUACAAGUGGGUGAUUAUUCUGUGGUUUUAUGUGAGUGACAUGCCGAUUGUUGGAAAGGUUCUGACUAAGGUAAAUCAGUCAGAGACUCUAUUGAGAAAGGAAGUUGACAUAAAGGUGUUGAGUGCUACCAAAAGUGUUCUUGGGUUGGAGAUUCACAAGGUUAAAGUUACAAGGAGAUUGGGAUUAUCUCGAGGUGGUUUUAGGGAUCAGGUUUUGGUGAGGUUUAGCAUGGUUGAUGUUAAAUCGGUCACCAGUACACCAUUGGCGAAUCUAAGUAAACAGUCUACUGCUCAAUACACAAGGAUGGAUAGUGAUGUUCGGGUCGUGUCAAAGGUUUCCUACACCAAUGUAGUUGGGUAUUUCGGUAGGCAAUAG